AUGCUGGGGUUAUCUGAGCUUUUCUGUACUGUCAUUUUUUGUCUCCUGAUUUUGCAGUUUCUGAAGCUGAAAUGGAUGAGUCGACAGUUUCCACCUGGACCAACCCCAUUCCCUCUCAUUGGGAACCUCUGGUGCCUGGACCUGAAGAUGAACCAAGGAACUUUUACCAAGAUUGCAAAGGAUUAUGGGAGGAUCUUCACGAUGUGGGUGGGCCACAAGCCUAUGAUCAUACUCAAUGGGUUCCAUGCAGUGAAAGAAGGGCUCAUAACGCACUCCGAAGAGCUGGCUGGGAGGCCUGACACUCCUUUUGUGGCUGACACAAUGAAGGGAAAAGGAGUAUUGUUUGCCACUGGCCACAACUGGAAGCAGCAGAGACGCUUCAGCCUGAUGACCUUGCGGAACUUAGGCAUGGGGAAGAAAAGCCUGGAGCAUCGAGUGCAGCAAGAGGCCGAGCAUCUGGUUGAAUUUUUUGUGAAUGAGAAAGGGAAGCCCAUGGACCCUUCUUUCGCCAUUUUCCACUCAGUAUCCAAUGUGAUCUCAGCUACGGUUUUUGGACACCGCUUUUCCUAUGAUGAUGAAGAUUUUGAAGAGAUGCUUAAAGCUGUUGACUUUAUGUUUCAUUUUCUGCCUAGCCCCUUUCGGAUUGCAUAUGAUCUUUCCCCAAGACUUAUGCGUUAUCUGCCAGGACCUCACCAGAAAGCUUUCUCUUGUUUGAAGAAGGGACAUGAAUUGGUGAAGGAAGAGAUCAGAAGCCAUGAGAAGACCAGGAACCCACAGGAUCCACAGGAUUUCAUUGACUAUUACCUGGAUCAAAUAGAAAAAUGCAAAGAUGACAGCAACACUACAUUUGAUGAGGAAAACCUGUGUCAUUUGAUUGUGGACUUCUUUGCAGCAGGAAGCGAGACAACAUCUGUAACACUUCUCUGGGCCCUGCUUUACAUGAUAGAUAACCCUGACAUCCAAGAAAAGUUGCAAAAGGAACUCCAUACUGUUUUGGGCCCUACUCACAAGAUCUGUUACGCCGAUCGGAACAGAGUGCCAUACACAAAUGCUGUCAUUCACGAGGUCCAGCGCUUCUGCAAUUUCCUGCUGGUUGGAUCCUUCAGGGAAUGUAUGAGGGAUAUAACCUUGCAAGGCUUUCACAUCAAAAAGGGUACCGUCGUCAUCCCAGAUGUAGGCUCUGUCUUGUAUGACCCUGAACAAUGGGAGACGCCUCAGAAGUUCAACCCAAAUCACUUCCUGGAUGAAGAUGGAAAUUUCUACUGCAGGGAAGCCUUCAUUCCAUUUGCAGCAGGGCAUCGUGUGUGUCUGGGGGAGCGCUUGGCACGGACUGAGCUCUUCAUUUUCUUCACCAACCUUCUGCGGACUUUUAAAUUGCAGCUUCCGGAGGGAGUAAAGACGAUCAACACAGAGCCAGUGAUUGGGGGGCUGGCAAUGGUACCACACCCCUAUAAAGUCUGUGCCGUUCCUUACUAG